AUGGUGCCUAUCAAACCGUCCUCUGAAGCCUCUCUCUUUCACCGCGAACGAGUCUCGCAAUACGUCUCACUCCCCGCGGCAUCUCUCACCUCCGCGCUUCCCUCAAUCUGCGCCAACGUCUUCAGCCCACUCCUCCUAACCUACCACCCGCCAGUUCGGGGCGUCGUUCUCGCCUACACAGACGUAUCGCUAUCCUCCUCGCAACCAACGCUUUCCUCCACCUCCUCCUCUCGCAAAAAAUCCCGCCACAACACCGCAUCACACCAAGAGGCUUUACAAGAGGAGCACAACGAGAACGGCACCACAGUCCUGCUCACGCACAUCGACGAAUACACAUCUCCCUUUCUCUGGGCCACCGCCACACUCCUAGUCUGGCGCCCGUCACAGAAUGCACGUAUCCCAGCGACGAUCACGCACCAGAGCAGUACGCACAUGACGCUUUCGUACCUCAACCUUUUCGCUGUGACGGUGUUGCGCGCGCAUAUGCCGGAGAAUUGGUCGUGGCAUGCUGAAGGCGCGAAUAAGAAGCGGAAAGGGUGGGAUGGCCGUGUGGAGGAUUUGGGUGGGUGGUGGGUUGAUGGCGAUGGCGUGAAAGUUGGUGGGGAAGAGGGCGAGAAGAAGGAGCUCAGUGUGCGGGUAACGGAGUGGGAUGCUCGGCCGGGAGUUGGCAAGGGGAGAGGUUUUUUGAAGAUUGAGGGGAGCUUGUUGGAGGAGAGUGAGGAGGCGCGUGAGACUGCGUGAGCGUUGAAGGGAUAGAGAGAGUUCCUUCUGUGUCUAUUUUGAUUUCUGUUUUGUUUCUUUGGGGAGUGUGUGAUCGCCUUCCGUCUGUUCUUUUCACUUGCCCGAUUUUCACAUUGAUUU